UACGAACUUGAAGUGAAGACGCAAGCAUUCCAUGUCAGUGUUUUUCAAAAAAUGAACCUCUAGAUUUCUUGUGUUCUUUUUGUAAAACCUUGAGUUUUACCGAAAUUCACAUAAUUUAGAGAUUUCCGUUAAAAGCUUGAUAGUAAAAUGCCUGCUUCGUUCAAAUCGGAAACGUAAUUAAAUAUCAAACAUAUGCUUCAACGUCACAAAAUAUUCUAUCGGAGCAGAGAAGCUAAUUUUAUGGAUAGAACAAGAAAGAAUCUGGAACGUGAAUGAGUAAAGCAAUGAAAAAUGGCAGACACAGCGAAGAGUGGACCCCCAGACAAUUUGGAAUGGAUAAAACAAAAACUCCAGACAGUGUGGACCGCUCCAAAGUUCUGCGGUCUAUGUCUGGAGAACAGAGGCAACUUCUCUUCCGUGGACAUGGAAUUUAUGAUUGGCCGGCAGACUUUUUCAAAGUGUCUUCAAGAUAUUUUGAACUAUGUGUUCAAUGAAGAUAUUGAAGAGAUCAUGUCAAGUCACUACUUAUGCGAUGGCUGUACGGAGAAGACGAUACAGGCAUAUCUCUUCAUGCACAACACAAGACAAUUGACAAAAAUCCUCAACAACUGUGUCUCAGACAUUUAUUCCAAAGUUGUUGAUGUAAACUCACAGCUCGAUGACACUGUCACUGCGGAUGCUGCCAACGUAAUGAUUGUACUGGAAAAUGACACAGACUUAUGUAAAACAAUCAUUGAUGUCAAUUCUAUGACCGAAGUCAUUCCGACAGCAACCCAUAUUCCAAUGAAAGUUGAUCAGCCACCACCAGUAAAUCAACAACCAAAGAUUGUUCAAGUCACAAAUUCACCGGUUCUAAUCAAACGGAAUAUGGAAGAAAAUAAACAAGAACCGGAACCUAAAGUUAGGAAAAUUGCAAAACCUGAUGGCACUCCGAAUAUUAGUUUGAAAGAAGGUCACAUUGUUAUAAAACCAUUGAGUUCGGUUCGCAACAUGGCACCUCGGUACAACACAUAUCAAUGCGUUCAUUGUCCGGACAUAUUCACUUCUUACAGAUCCAUGAAGGAACAUGAAAAGGCCAAGCACAAGAAGGCCGUGUUCCGCUGCAACCUAUGUGAUAAAUCCUAUAACACGCAGCAAUACUUGAACAUUCAUUACAAGACUCAUGAGAGAGCUUGGUGCAAACUCUGUCAGCUCAUACUGCCAGAAGAAGAACUCAUGGAUCAUUUGAAAGCAAAUCAUGCUAAUCUGGUGUAUCCGUGCAAAUUUUGUGACCUAGUAUACUAUACCCAGGAGUCUCUGGAUACUCAUUUCAAAAUUACCCAUCUAGUGAAUGAUACGAAGGCGAAAUCUCAAUGUGUUAUGUGUUUACGUAACUUUGUUGAAGCAGAAUUAAAGAAACACAAGUGUAAAUUUUCUUGCUCUGAAUGUUUUGUGAUGCCUUGUGUACACUUCAAAUAUUUGAAUUCUUAUAGGGAGCAAAUCUUAAAUCAUGUGAACAAAAUCAAGUGCAUAGAUUGUGAUUAUGUGACGCGACGGAAGGAGCAUUUAAUAGGUCACGCGAAUAGGGAGCAUUUAGACCAUCAUCCGUUUACAUGUGCGGAUUGCGGCCAGCAAUUCUAUACUAAGUUGAGCUUGAAGACCCAUAUUGUACAGUUCCAUGAAGAUCUUUUCUGCCCAUACUGUGACUUUGAGUUCAAAGAUAUGAGGACAUUGGACAGCCAUAAAAAGGCGUGCAAACUCGUCAUACGUGCAUUCACGUGUUCGCAGUGUGAAGCAUCGUUUGACGUCGCUGAAGAACUGACUAACCAUGAGAAUCUGAAGCACAGCGAAGUCGUUUACGCGUGUUCGCUUUGCAAGUGCAAAUUCUUAACCGAUUUAGAAUUGCGAGAGCAUCGCGCAAGAGUCCACGGCGGCAUUCAAUGCAAGAAGAGACGAAAACACAUUGAGUGCUCUCUAUGCAAUAUUAUGUUCAAGAGCAUAAAAGAAAUGUUGGAACAUGAGAAGUCGCAUGAUGAAAAUGAUGUGUAUCCUUGCAAAGUCUGCUCGAAGAAAUACAAAACGUUAAUGAAGUUAUACAUUCAUAAUCAGAGGCAUUACACAGACAGGGUGAAAUGUAACGGAUGUAAUAAGCGGGUGGCUGCGUCGUUCUAUCCGCAGCAUGCAGUCAGGUGUCCGUACGCAAGGGAGACAACAUUGGGUCAUGUCUGUGAAGUUUGUGGCAAGUCCUUCCAUCUAGAAUCAUUGCUAAAGUUGCACCAGAAGGUUCACAUGGAUCCUGAGCCAUGCCCUCAUUGCAACAAGGUUAUAAAACCUGCUAGCCUCAAGAAACAUAUGGAGCAAUUCCAUGGAGAAUCUCCAAAAGAGAGGCCUGCAGGCCGAGUAGUGAUUGAAUGUAAUCUUUGUGGACAUGUUGUAAGAAAGAAAUGUGAUUUAGAAGCUCAUAUGAACCGAUAUCACUUGAAAAUCAAACCAUAUGUCUGUCCGAUUUGCUCGAAAGAUUUUUGUGGCAAAGUGAGGCUAAAGGAGCAUAUAGCGACACAUACGUCUGAUAAUAACUGCUUCUGUUCUAUUUGUGGGAAGAAGUUUGCGAACCGAGUGUGUUUGAAGAUGCACUUUAGAAUGCAUACCGGUGAGGCACCUUAUUCCUGUGACAUUUGCGGUCAGAAAUUCAGGUCUUCAAGUAUGAUGAAGACUCAUAGGCUAAAGAAACAUUUGGAGAAGACGGUCAACUGUCCCUUAUGUGACAAUAUGUUCUUCAUGGCGCGCGAUAUGCGACAUCACUUCAAGAAAGCACAUUGGAAGUUCAAAGAUGGAAGGCCUUUUAAUCCUAGAGAUGUUGAGGAGUUGCCAAAAGAAAUGUAUUAUCUCUUUGAGGAUGGGAGACUGCCGAAACUUACUUCGGAUCUAUGAUCCUCGUAUAAAUAGUUCUAAUAUUUUGUAAAUUAGGUAUUAUUAUGGGUUAGAGUGCUUUUCUACCAGAGAUGUGCUAUAACUACGUUGCUGUGGAUGCGUUUGGCUUCCACCAAUCAUAUUCAUUGAUACAAAUAGGUUAGCUCUGGUGUAAACGGACUCAGCUAAGCUAAGUUUUUAUAUGGAAAGAUGCAUAACUACUAUAGAUAUUUUCCCUACUAUCUAUUCAACGCAUACUUGAGCUGUGCAUCUUCCUCGCAGUAUAGCUACAAAGCACAUCUCUGGUGAAAAAGGACACUUAAAAUAUGCAAAGCAAAUUAGUUUAAAUUAGGAUUUUGGAUAAAAAAGGCGAUACUCAAAGAAGAGUUGGAAAGACUGAGGAACGAUAUAGAAAUAUUUUUGGUUUAUAAAGAAAGGAUCCUAAGGAACUUGGGCAUAAAUGCAGAAAGUAAAAUAAUAAUAGAAUAUUUUGUUAUUAUGUGAAACACAUUUUAGUGUAGUUUGUUAUUAGUCUUACUGCCGCACUAGCGUAGCGAUUUUGUAUCGAAAACAAUUGCUAAGGACUAGGUUAAGCAACCAUUAAAUGACUCUGAGUAUGGCAGUUAUUAGUUACUAUACCCUUAGUACAAGUUUGCAUUACGUUGAACGAAAACGAAACGAGAGCGCGUUCGACGCUCUGAUUGGCUCUCAUUGGCCAGCUCGAAUGAACUAACCAGUCAGAGCGCCGAUCGUGUCCUCGUUUCGUUUUCGUUCAACGUAAAACAAACUCGUACUAAGCCCUCUGAUGUCAUUGGUAACUUUAUGACUGGUGUAGUUUAAAAACUGCUUUAAAUUAAACUACAAAAUAAACCAGAUAUAUUAUUGCCAAUCAGGUUAUCCGACUUCACACGCUUAAAAGAGGUUUAAGGGUGCAGUUCCAUUGAGCUUAAAAUCCAUAUCUCUUCUUUUCAAGCCAUGUGAUUGGUGAAUAGCGGAACAGCUCUUCUCCGCUCUGCUCCGCUCCGCCUCAGUGGAACCGCAGCCUAAAACACUUAAAUCUAGCGUUUAUACCAUACAGAUAUAACACAUUAUUUUAAAAUUUCUGGUGUUUAUUUUGUUUUGUCUUACAUGUAUUUUCUGUCUCUGCCUACCCCCAUGGAACAGGCGUGAGGUUAUGUAUUGUAUUCUAAAUGGUGCAUAGUAGGCAAUGAAGCUAAACUACACCAGUAAUUAUAAUUUUAGCAUUUAUUUCUACAUACCUACUGUUAUAAAUAGCAUAAUAAAACAAUCAUGUUGCAAAA